AAGAUCGCAGUCUCAAAGACCCGGAUAAUCCCGCCCACAUAGCAGAGCCGGAAGAGGGUGGGACAAGUAGGAAGAAGGCGGGACUAGCCAGCCGGAAGAAGGCUCAAUGCUUUGGGUAGUCGCUUCACGGCUGUGAAGAUGGCGGUAGCUGCGUGGCUUCAGGUGUCUCCUGUCAUUUUUCUUCUUUUGGGGGCGCAGCCGUUCCCAUUGUCGGUUUUUAGUGCAGGGCCUGCACCCGUGUUUGCUGCAGAUAGAUCAAAGUGGCACAUUCCGAUGCCGUCGGGGAAAAAUUAUUUUAGUUUUGGAAAGAUUCUUUUCAGAAAUACUACUAUCAUACUGAAAUUUGAUGGAGAGCCUUGUGAUCUGUCUUUUAAUAUAACCUGGUUUCUGAAAAGUGCUGAUUGCUACAAUGAGAUCUACAACUUCAAGGCAGAUGAAGUAGAGUCAUAUUUGGAAGAUCUCAAAGGGAAAAAAGGCUUGUCUGGGAGAUACCAAACAUCCUCAAAAUUAUUUCAGAACUGUAGUGAACUCUAUAAAGCACAGAGCUUUUCUGGAGAUCUUAUGCAUCGACUUCCUCUUUUAGGAGAAAAACAGGAGGCUAAGGAAAAUGGAACAAAUCUUACAUUUACAGGAGACAAAAUUGCAUUGCAUGAACCAUUGCAGACUUGGCAAGAUGCACCAUACAUCUUUAUUGUUCACGUUGGCAUUUCAUCUUCAAAGGAAUCACUAAAAGAAAAUGCACUGAGUAAUCUUUUUACCAUGAUUGUUGAAGUAAAGGGUCCUUAUGAGUACCUCACUCUUGAAGACUACCCACUGAUGAUCUUUUUCAUGGUGAUGUGUAUUGUGUACGUUCUGUUUGGUGUUCUUUGGCUGGCAUGGUCUGCUUGCUACUGGAGAGAUCUGCUGAGAAUUCAGUUUUGGAUUGGUGCUGUCAUCUUUCUGGGAAUGUUUGAGAAAGCUGUGUUUUAUGCAGAAUUUCAGAAUAUCCGAUACAAAGGAGAAUCUGUCCAGGAUGCCUUGGUCCUUGCAGAGCUGCUGUCAGCAGUGAAACGCUCACUGGCUCGAACCUUGGUCAUCAUAGUCAGUCUGGGAUAUGGCAUAGUCAAGCCUCGCCUUGGAGUCACUCUUCACAAGGUUGUGGUGGCAGGAGCUCUCUAUCUUUUGUUCUCUGGCAUGGAAGGAGUCCUCAGAGUUACAGGGUAUUUUUCUUACUCCUUGGCUCUGAUAGUAAGCCUGGCCCUCUCUGCAGUUGAUGCCUGUAUUAUUUUAUGGAUAUUCAUUAGCCUUACUCAAACUAUGAAGCUAUUAAAACUUCGGAGGAACAUUGUAAAGCUCUCUUUGUACCGACAUUUCACCAAUACGCUUAUCUUAGCAGUGGCAGCAUCUAUCGUGUUCAUCAUCUGGACAACCAUGAAAUUCAGAAUAGUGACUUGCCAGUCGGACUGGCGGGAGCUGUGGGUGGAUGAUGCCAUUUGGCGGUUACUGUUUUCCAUGAUCCUCUUUGUCAUCAUGAUUCUGUGGCGACCAUCAGCAAAUAACCAGAGGUUUGCCUUUUCACCGUUGUCAGAGGAAGAUGAAGAGGACGAGCAGAAGGAGCCAAUGCUGAAAGAAAGCUUUGAAGGAAUGAAAAUGAGGAGUACCAAGCAGGAACCAAAUGGAAAUAGUAAAGUAAACAAAACACAGGAAGACGAUUUGAAGUGGGUAGAAGAGAAUGUUCCUUCUUCCGUGACUGAUGUAGCACUUCCGGCCUUGCUGGAUUCAGAUGAGGAACGAAUGAUCACACACUUUGAAAGGUCGAAGAUGGAGUGAGCAACGGGAAACUGCUGUUGAAGAUGGCUAGUAUCAGGGAAGAGACCAGUUUAUGUGUCAAUCUUCUGCACUGCUCCAUGAGAUUAAAGGGGCAAUGACAUCUUGCUCUGUUCCUUGAUCUUUGUGCAUGGGAGCUGGGAAGAGGUGUCAGCCAAGAAGAACAUCUUUCUGAAAACACAUUCAUAGGAUGCGAAAAAUCUACAAGCUUCGUUACAUCAUUGACACCCUUCCCUCCCAGACCCCAUCGUGGCUGUUUUUGCAACCUACAUGUUGUCCCUGGACUUUCUGUUCAGUUGUUUAAUCUGUCAGACUAGGAAGUUUAAUGUUUCUGAAAGGACUAUGUCAUCUGCACCAUAAUAUGUCAUCUCUAGGAGCAACUACCUGUGAUUUCAUUUAUUAAGGAAGUUGUAUCAGUGAUGGGAGAAAUUGUCAUUUAUCUUUCAGUUUCCCAAGAAGUCAAGGUUACAUCUUGCUGAAGUAGCUGGAGUGAAAUGGGCCCUUCUGAGUUAAGGAACCAUAGAUCUACCAGUGACUGAAAGGGAGAGGGAAAAAGAGAAAGGUUACAUGUGUUUCAAAAUCAAGUGCAAUUUUGUUUACAAAUGGUGUAUAUUGAAGAUUUUUCUAUUUCAGAUGUGCUUUAAAGAGAAAUAUUAGCUUAAUUCUUCCGACAUCUGAUAUUAUGACACAUCCCAUUGCUGGCAAUGUGGUGCACACUCCAAAAAAUUUUAACUACCAUUUAGUCAGCCUCCAAGGGCAGCUUUGCAGAGCCGCAGGCAAUGCUUGUUUAUCUUCAUGCCAUUCUUUGGGAUUGCACUAGAUGCCAAGAGACACUUUGUUUUAAGCGCUAUGAUUCUUCACCCUGCAAGGGGACUUAAGCUUCAGAAGGGGAGCUUAUAGAAAGGAAAUAGGUCCCCUUGCUUUUCAAGCAGUUGUCCUUGCAUGAGUGGUAUGGAGGCCCUGCCUGCUGUUCUUUUUUUUUUUGUUUUUUUUUUUUUGUUUUUGUUUUUUUUUUUUUUUGUUUGUUUUGUUUUAAAUGAUCAACCGUUCUAGUAUCUGGUGUUGGUUUAGAGACUGCUUAUAAGGAGCAUCACCAGGUGACGGGGUUCACAUGAAGUGCUGUAUUUCUGUUUUAAUGGUUUUGUCCAGUUUCAUCUUCCCCAGAUUUUUGUUCUACAUGAAAAGUUCAUGCCACUUUUUAAUAUAAAAAUUUU